AUGAAAUUAAAGCAAUAUAUAAAACCAGUUAAUGUUUAUGUUUCGUCUCAUUACGAUGUUAUUAAACAUAUAUUAUCUAAACCUAUUCUGCAUAGCCGAAUUGGAAAAUGGGCACUAGCUUUAACAGAGUUCUCUUUGACUUAUAAACCUUUAAAGGCCAUGAAGGGCCAAAUUGUAGCAGAUUUUCUAGUAGAUCAUGUUAUGAUUGAACCUUCACUAAACAUGGUUGACACAAAACCUUGGCGGUUAUAUUUCGAUGGGUCAAGCCACAAAGACGGAACAGGAGUUAGGGUGUUAAUAUUCUCCCCACAGGAUGCUCCGACGAGAUUCAAAUGUAGGAUCAACGAAAAAUGUUCCAAUAAUGAGGCUGAGUACGAGGCCCUAAUAACUGGUCUUCGAAUAUUGAAAAAGUUGGGAGCCAGCAGAAUCGAGUUAAAAGGAGAUUCAGAGUUGGUAAUCAAGCAUGUCACACAAGAGUACAAAUGCAUCAAGGAAAAUUUGUCGAAGCAUUUUGUGACGGCAACGCAGCUGUCGAAGUACUUUGAGGUUGCCAACAUAAAGCAUGUGUCGAGAGAUGAGAACCAAGAAGCCAGCGAUCUAGCCCAGAUCGUGUCCGGGUAUAAGAUGUCUAAGUCAAAAUUCCAGGAUAUUAUUAAAGUCCGGGAGAGGAUGGUGUCGAACGCACCACCGCUAAGGGAAGAUAUCCUCGACGGAAAUGGUUGUUGCAAUGAAGGGUUCGACAAAGAACGUCUCAAAGAUUUUGAAUUCGACAAUUCCUGGGGACACGAAGUUUUCACUGUCAACAGUUCAUCACCAUUAGACUGGAGAAAACCAAGUUUGGAAUAUUUAGAGAAUCCAGUCGGAAGCACUAACAGGAAAAUCAAAUACAGAGCUUUGAGCUAUGUGCUGCUAGGAAAUGAAUUGCUGAAGAAAACACCAAAAAGAGUAUUACUUAAGUGUCUAGGAAGUACAGAAGCAUAUUUGGCCAUAUAUGAGGUGCAGAGUGGAGUUUGUGGUGUGCACUAG